AUGAGCUUAGUUAUUUUAUAUGGAACGCAAACAGGUGUAGCUGAACAGUUCGCUUUUUAUGUUGCGCGUUUAGCUCUUAAGCGAGGAAUUCCAAAGGUGCGUUGUUUGCCCGCAGAUGAAAUUCCUGUGCAAAGAUGGUACGACCUGGCGUAUGAAGAUGGCGAAAAACCCUAUUCCUGUGUACUUUUUAUGGUCUCAAAUUCAAACCAAGGGGAUGCCCCGGAGAGCUUUAGAAAGUCCUGGAUUCGUUUGCUUUCCGAGUCCGAGGCCUCCCUAAAGUUGCGCAGUCUUCGCUACGCGGUUUUUGGAUUGGGGGAUUCGAUCUAUGCAAAGUUCAAUUAUACUGCAAAGAUGCUACACAACCGGCUGCAGCGGCUAAACUGCGAGCCUUUGCUGCUCCGCGGCCUCGGCGAUGAAAGUGAUGCUAGAGGGAUCAAUGAAAUUCUCUUGCCCUGGCUGAUCCCGCUAUGGACUGCCCUGGGCUGCACAAUUUCACCAGGGGAAGUCAGCGAAACCCCCUUGGAUGGUCCCGCAUUUCCGCUGUACAAGGUUACUCAAGUUUUAACUCAGGAGGUGGUGCGAGGGGAGGAUUUGGGUGAGGAGGGUGAACCUAUCGCCUCUUCACCUGAAGACAACAUUUUUUACCAUUCUCUGCCAUUGAUGUCACCUGAUUCUACCUUCACGUGCGAAGUAGCUUCGAAUCAGCGCCUGACCGCUGCCGAUCACUUCCAGUCGGUUCACCACAUUGAGUUAAUCCCCCAUCUGCCCGCUUCUCAUACUGUAGCGGAAGGUGGCCUUUCUUAUGAAGUUGGGGAUGCCUUAGGGAUUUAUUCCCCUAACCGCCCUGUCCUCGUGGAGGAGAUGCUUCACCGACUGAGGCUAACAGGGGAUGAAGUGCUCCUUAUCACUCCUGAUGCUAGUCACGGCCUGAUUGAGCAAACUACUCGCACCUUUUUCAAUCGACCUAUGACAAGCCACACCUUGCUCACGUACUACGUGGAUCUGGAUGCAGUUGUGAAGCAUGAGUUUUUCUGGAUGAUGUCGUUUUUCGUCGAGAAACGUCUUGCAUUGGAUAAACGAGACAACACUCCGAGCUGUUUGGAUAUAAAAAAGUCGUGGAAUGGGAAUGCAAAAUCAAACAACCAGGCGAAAAGCGAGGACGCUGAAGAAGUAGAAGAGGUGCGGGAGCGUCUCUUGGAGUUGGCUAACCCGUUAUACAUUGAUGGGUAUCUACAAUAUGCCCACCGGGAGAAGCGCAACAUCUGUGAGGUACUGCAUGACUUUAAUAUGCCGAACUCCACGACAUCUAUCAAUCCCCCGUUGGCGUAUGUCUUGUCGUUUUUGACACCUAUGCAUCCACGUUAUUUUUCGUUGUCUUCAUCGCCUGCGAUGGAUGGACGAUAUAGACUAAGCUUAACAGUCGCUCAACUCGCUUGGCAGACGCCCAUGAAGCGCCAACGCACGGGUUUAUGCAGCACCUAUCUCGCACAGGCGAAUGUUGGCGAUAAAUUAAUGUGUGUUUUAUGGCAUGGUACACUUUCAACUUCACCGGUUCCUCAUCCACUCCUUUGCAUUGCCACUGGCACCGGGAUCGCACCUAUCAGAAGCUUAAUUCGACAAUGCGCCGCUGCAGAUGGAUUGGGGUGGGUCGAUACACCGAUUUACCUUUUUUUCGGUUGCCGGAACGAAGCCAAGGACUUUUUAUAUAAAGAAGAAUGGAAAGAACUGCGGGAAUCGGGCAAACUUCGUGAGCUGCAUGUUAUUCCAGCCUUCUCGCGUGAUACCGCGAAGAAGUUUUACGUGCAGCAUCAGUUAGGGCAGCAUGCUAGACGCGUGAAUACUCUUCUUCUUCACGAAGAGGCGAUUGUGUACGUCUGCGGUAAUGCCAAGCAGAUGCCAAAGGAUGUGCAGUCAACCUUAGAGAAUAUCAUCGCGACAUGUAGUUUCGAUGGGGAUGCUUUGGCGGCUGCGCAAAAAAUAAGGCAAAUUUCAAAAUUGGGGCGCUACCAAGUGGAUACGUGGUCGGCUUGA